AUGGAGAAGAAACCGUUGCUUCUACUUGUGUUCUUCUUCUUCAUAUACAACGUUGCUCCGGUUACCUCCGACGGCUCCGAUCACCGUUAUAAGAUCGGCGAUGAUGCUCCUCUUUACGCCAACAAUGUCUGGCCGUUUCACAAUCCCAGGAUUCGUUCUGUUGUUCUCAAUCGUAUUGGGAUAUGCUUAUGA